AUGCCAUGCUUCAUUGGCUUUUUCAGCAGGUGAACGUUGAGACCAAUAUCCAUUGAAACCUCUUUCUAGCCUCAUCUCUCAUCCUGUCUUUGUGUAAUUGACUUUUUGAACCUAAAUAAAGGAUUUUACAUUUAUCUGGUUCUUUCAACUCAUCGUUUCAGACUAGAUGGAUCUUUGACAACCCGAUUCUGACCGUCCAGGCUUUUAGCUAUUCCCUCUUCCCUCCUUCAGGUCGUUCAGGAAUUGGCUGAGAAGGCCAGCCAGGUCUCCCUCCGAGCCAUGCGUGAAAUGCAGGGCCCAGGAUGUGGCACAAAGACCCCCCCUCACCCCUUCUAGCUGACACGGGAGCAUCGAACUUGAGUUAGAACCUAGGAAACCUCUCCUUCAACCAAGGCCUCAUUUUGUGUCUUUUGCCUCUUUUGGCAUCCUCAGAGCUUAGCGUAGCGGGAACUUGAUCAAUGAUUCUUGAAUUGAAAUGAACUAUAAGCAAGGAAACUGGGGAGGCUCAGGAAUAAGCAAGGAAACUGGGGAGGCUCAGGGACCAAACGGGGUCCGACGUCACAGGCUACAUUGCGCCUCAGAUUCGGGGUCUGAACCCCGUCCCCGCUCCCUGCAGAGCCGGCAGUCUUCCCACCGCGCCCAGAAGCGCCCUCCUGGCUGUUUCAGGGGGUGACGCGGAGACAGCAUCCUCCCAAACCUCCCUCCAGCCUCAUCUGUCUGGUCCUCUCUCCGUGCAAUUGCAGACCCAUUCCUGCGGCGAGGGUGAAACCGACCAGCUUCUGCAAUUAACUCUGCGGUCACCCCGUCCCGGCCUCCGGGACGCGGCGAACUUUAAGGAAUAUGUUUUGUCACGUGAGUAAGUGUGCGAACAGAGGCUAUAAAAAGCCCCGGCGUCAGCGGGAGAAGUUCCCAGCGCCGAGAGCCAAGUCCAGAGUCACGCAGAACUCGCGCCCCGUCCCUUUAAGAAGACUCCGGCGGAAUACGCAAUCUCACUUGGGCGGGGCGACUACAAGGCCCAAGAUGCUUUGGGGCCGCCCUGCGUGCCCCGAGGCAGCCCGAAACUACUCGUCCCGGUAUGCUCCGGGCGUGUGGGUGGUGCCUAAGGACGAGCUCCUAGCUUCCCUGGCACCGGGUGUUCCCCAGCCGUGACUCAGACCGUGCUUCCUGCGGCCCGCGAUGGACUUUUCGGAGGAGACUACGGGCGCUUUGAAGCCCUGCCUGCUGCGGCGCAACCGGAGCCGGGACCACCACGGCGCGGCGGCCUCCUCGCUGGAGGAGCUGAAGAGCAAGGCUCGUGACAUCCUGGCCAUCGACAAGUCCCUGGAGCCAAUCACUCUGGUUCUGGCAGAGGACGGCACAAUUGUGGAUGAUGAAGACUACUUCCUGUGUUUACCCGACAACACCAAGUUCGUAGCGCUCGCCUGCAAUGAGACGUGGACAUACAGCAAUACAGACGGGGGCACGGCGUGGCUCUCCCAGGAGUCCUUGGGCAGGGCGGACAGCAAAGGACAAGGUGGGAAACCCCGGCAGCUCAAAGGCGAUCUCUCCAGCAUCAUCCUCCUGGCUGAGGAAGAUCUCCAGCGCCUCCCCGCGCCCUGCUCAGACUUGGCUGGGGCCUCCCAAACCCUUGACCGGGACCUCCAGAACACCCUGCAGCAGGUGCUGGACCACAGGGAGGAAGCACGCCAGUCCCAGCAGCUGCUGCAGCUCUAUCUCCAGGCCUUGGAGAAGGAGGGGCGGCCCUGUCAAGGGGAAGCCUCAUGGGGGAGAUGGCAUCCGGGGAGUGCGUGUCGGCGCUGGGAGUCCGGAGGGGUCAGGACUGUGGGGACUCAGCAGGGGGACUGCACGCACUGGGUGCCUGAUCCCCUCCCCAGGAAGCAGCAUGGCUCAGGGACCUUCCGGCAGAAGCUGGGCCAGCGGGAGGGGCCGCCCACUGACUUCUCCUCCCCCCUUUUGCUGCAGCUGGUGAUCAAGGAGCACCCGGAGGCUCUGGCCCAAGCUUUGAGCUGGAACCCCAAGAAGGCCGAGGAGGUCCAAAGAGCCUGUGAGGAGCAGCUCGCCCUGCGCCUGCAGCAGGUCCAGAGCCUCAACGCCCUGCACAGUCUCUCCGCCAGAAAGAACUCUCUGACCGAAGAGCCUGUGAGCCUGAAACGGGCCAAGUGAGCCCCCGCCUCCUGGCCGGCAGCUGCCGGACCCCCGGGUCUUCCUCGGGUCAGCAGCAGCAGCCGACUCUGCAUGUCCGGCCUGUCCGGCCCCUCUUCCCCUGUCUUAGGGUCACCCAUGGGGGGGGAGGGGACUGGACACACGGACCAAGAGGCUACACCCAUCUGGGAAACCCUCAUAGGGACCCGCUGACAUCCUGAGCAACCAAAGCGCUUUAAAAACCUUGGGCUGCAGAGACAAGACUCGGCUCCCAGUCUCCCCGGGGCUCCUGCCUUGUUGGAAGAGAAUCCAGAAGGGGGACACGUGGCUUGGACAUCGCUGCCUCCCCUGGGACCGUAGCAAAAAGACUACGGGGGAGGGGGCUGAGCAUGGUCGGCUGGGGAGGUUGGGGGGGAAGCUUUCAUUGCCCAAACUACCGGGUUUUCACUUCGACUUUGGGGGGUACCUGGAGUCUGCGGAUCAGGAGCAGCUUGAGGUGGGAGGGGGCUGGUGUUUCACUCCUAGUAGCUAAUUCAGAGCAGAGCUGUGGUUUGGGGGCUAUGGGUUCGAAUCCCACCUCCAACACCUCCUGGGCCAGGGGCCUCCGGGCCAGAAGCAUGUUAACCCCGUGAGGCAGGCGCUCCGACGCACGUGCGUGUGUGCUGUGGCUGCCACCGAGCUGUACGUCACACAAAUCCGUGUGCACAAGACGGCGGCCACUGAGCCGUGUGUGACGCCCACGUAGCGUGCUGUGUAACCACUGCCGGACCGAGCAUCCCCAGACGUGUGUAUACGGGUAAUAAAAGAUUGCAUAUUAUGGAA